ACCUCUCAGACAUGCCCACAGACGAAACUGGCAAAAAUGCCGAACCACUCUGGGUCGCAAAACUUGAAGUCUACGCCCGGGAGCUCUAUGUCUUGAGCCAUUUCAACCCAGGCCAAGACUUGUCCAGAGAGGAUAUGACUCUGGCAAUUGCAGGGAAUGAGCCGGAAUUCUCUGAGUUUUACUACCAAUGGGAUAAAAGUGGAUCAGAACAUUGUUUCAAUGCGAUAUACGACCAGAAACCCCUGAGCGGAUGGUGGCCAUGGCCUAGGAAGAACACAGAAUGCGAGGAAAUUGGACUCUGAACUCGGGAGCAGUAUGCAUCCGCGCCGCAUCUAUGCUCAAAAUCAC